AUGGCACUCGAGUGGGUCGUGCUUGGGUACGCAGCGGGCGCGGAGGCGAUCAUGGUCCUCCUGCUAACAAUCCCGGGCCUCGACGGACUGCGGAAGGGACUGAUCGCCGUGACUCGCAACCUCCUGAAGCCGUUCUUGUCGGUGGUCCCGUUCUGCCUGUUUCUGCUGAUGGAUAUCUACUGGAAGUACGAGACCCGGCCGAGCUGUGACGGCGAUUCGUGCAGCCCGAGCGAGCAGCUCCGCCACCAGAAAUCAAUCAUGAAGAGCCAGAGGAACGCCCUGUUGAUCGCCGCGGCGCUGAUCUUCUAUUGGCUGCUUUACUCCGUCACCAAUCUCGUCGUCAAGAUCGAGCAGCUGAAUCAGCGCGUCGAGAGGCUCAAGAGCAAGGAGUGA